UCUAGGAUGUGUUAUUUGAGUGUUCCCUUUAUUUUUUUGAGCAGUGUAUAGUCUGCAUGCUGCAACUGAGAAGCAAAGCAAUGUGUGCACUGUAUUUCAUGUUUUUCCACUGUAGUGACUGCAUUUCAGCAUCAAUAUUCCACAACUUCACCACUUUUUUAACUUGAACUAAGUUAAACAUUUUCUUUGGCAUAUGGGAGUUUGUUUCCCACUAGGCCUGCCUGACAGGAGGAGAGGCAGGAGGACUAUUUGAGAUUCAGCCCUUGAGUCCCUUGCCCUGUCUAACUAUUUACUGAGGUUGUGUUUGUAGUCAAUGUUAGUUGGUCAAUGAUUAACACUAACAACCUACACACCACAGUUUAAAGGACUGUACCUUGAAAACUCUUCUGAAGCCUUUAGGUUCUUUCUCUUUGUCUCUUGUGUUUCUUUUUUCUUUUCAAAUUUUUGUUUUCCACCAGGCCGGCCUGACAAGAGGAGAGGUUACAGAGGCAGGACCACUGACCUGAUUGAGAAACUCUGAGGCCACAGUUUGUACUUUUUUACUAACAGGGUCACACAUUUAGCACCAGCAUGUCGUCUCUAUCUGUUCCACCACCACAAUGUCUUCUACAGCCUUUCACAGUCCCACAUCGCUACCUUUUUGGACCAGGACCUUCCAAUGUACCUCCACGAAUCUCCACAGCUGGGGCACAACCCAUGUUAGGCCACCUGCAUGCAGAGACAAUUGAGAUUAUGGACCACAUCAAGAGUGGGAUCCAGUAUGCAUUUCAGACGCAGAACCGUAUGACGCUGGCUGUGAGUGGCCCAGGACAUGCUGCUAUGGAGUGUGCCAUCUUUAACACAGUGGAGUCCGGGGAGAGCGUGCUGAUCGCAGUCCACGGCAUCUGGGGCGAGAGAGCUGCAGAGAUGGCAGAGAGAAUCGGUGCCAAAGUGAACACCAUUGUAACAUCUGCCGGCAGCUACUACACAAAUGAUGAGAUAGAGCAGGCAUUAGCCAAAUAUAAGCCAGUUCUAUUCUUCCUCACACACGGAGAGUCUUCUACAGGAGUUCUGCACCCCAUAGAUGGCAUUGGAGAACUCUGUCACAAGUACGACUGUUUGUUCCUGGUUGAUUCCGUCGCAGCUUUGGGAGGUGCCCCGAUCUACAUGGACAAGCAAGGUAUUGACAUUUUGUACACUGGCUCGCAGAAGGUCCUGAAUGCUCCUCCAGGAACAGCACCCAUCUCCUUCAGCGAGAGAGCAUGCCACAAAAUCUUCAACAGAAAGACAAAGCCUGUUUCUUAUUUUCUGGAUCUGAGCUGGCUGGCCAAUUACUGGGGCUGUGAUGGAAAGCCUGUGCGCUCUUAUCACCACACUGGUCCUAUCACUGGAUUGUACAGCCUGAGAGAAAGUCUUGCCAUUCUUGCAGAAACAGGCCUUGAAAACUCUUGGAAACAACACAAAGAUGUGGCAGAGUACUUCCAUAUGGGCCUAGAGAAGAUGGGUCUGAAGCUCUUCGUGCAGGACAAGAAAGCGAGAUUGCCCACUGUUACUACAAUAGUAGCUCCACCAGGGUACGAGUGGAGAGAGAUCACAGGCUACAUUAUGAAGAAUCACAACAUAGAAAUCUCUGGAGGCCUUGGGCCCUCUCUUGGCAUGGUCCUGCGUGUGGGGCUCAUGGGCUGCAACAGCACUAAGGCUCAUGUGGAUAUGAUCUUACAGGCUCUUGCUGAUGCACUGAAACACUGCCACAAAAGUAAAGUGUGAGAGCGCCACUAUUUUAGUACAGCAUUACUGAAUAACAUUAAAUAUACACACACAUACAUUUUCUAAGCCGCUUAUCCUUCUGGGUUCUGGGUCAUGGGAAAGAGUUGGAACCUAUCCCAGCGGUUGGUCAAUGGGCGGAUACACCCUGGACAAGUCACCCGUCCAUUGCAGGGCAGCACGAAAUAUAUUUUUACCAAAAAUCAAAUAAAAACUAUGUAUUUCAAUGUUACAGUCUAUAUUGUGUUGUACUUUACAGUAUUAUGCAUAAGUUUAAACACUGCUGGUCAAAUUACAUGUUUUGUUUAUUUUCUAAAUGAACAUAAGUUAACACACCCUCAGUACAGUAACCAAACUUUAAUAUGUACUUCAAUACAGUUCAAAAGACACAGCAAAUAUGAUUACAGAUAACAACAUUUUAAAUGUUUUUAAUGUUCAAGCAAAUAAACAUUAAUUGUGCACUGCGAUGUGCAGCAUGCUCUCUGCAGAGGAUGUAUUAACUUAUUUUCACUUGGGAAAUCAACAAAACAUAAUUUGACCAAAGGCACCCAAACUUUUGCAUUGUUUGCAUUGCAUGUAUGUGAUUGAUUGCCAAACGUCUUGUAAACAGAUCAUACCAUAAAAUCACGUAAAAAUCUAUAAGGAACACCCUGGGUCUUCAGAGAAAGUCUAAUCAUUUCUGGGUGCCAAAAAAUAAAUGUCUGUAAUUUGUAGUUCAUCUAACUCAACAGAAUCAUCGUUCUUGCUGUUUUAAUCUCCGCAAGUAUUAUGUCCUACAUUUAUUUUGUAAAUAUUAGUUUAACUGGAAAAUUGCCCAAUUUGAUUUUUUUUCCCAAAAUAUCUAGCUAAAUUUGGUCAAUUGAGCUCUCCCAUUGAUCAGUGGUGUACAGUAACUAAGUAAAUGUAAUUGGUUACUGUACUUAAGUACUUUUUUCGUGUAUCUGUACUUUACUUA